CGUAGUCCUAUUAUCGACGUUAUGCUUUAUAAACACGAAAAUUUCUUUAAAAUUUUGCAAAAUUUUAAAGAAAUUUAACAAAUUAAAAAAAAAUUAUUUGUAUUUCUUGCGAUUUAUUAGAGGUACGAUUAAUUUUGGGAGAAGACUCGGUGGGACUGUCUGCAAUUAAGAUUGUUGAAAUAGAAUUCUGCAAUAGAAAAUUGCAUAGUUAAUCUCUUUCCACGAAAUUGACUUUUUCAAAUGUCUAAUAAAUUAUCAAUCAGAAAACUGAUAGUAUCGAGAGAUAAAACAUAUUUCAAUAAUAUAUAAGGAAAUUCUGUGUACAGUAAUAUACAAGGAAAUUUCUUCACUCUCGGUGAAGAAAUUUCAUAUAUUACACAAUAAUAUAUAAGGAAAUUUCUUCACUCUCGGUGUACAGUACCAGAGGUAGUGUAUUGAAACAACUUUGUCAUCGAAUUUUAUUCAUAGAAGAAAAAUGUCCAUAUCGAAGUUUUACGAAAAUGUGGACAUAUUUUUAACUGGAGGAACGGGAUUUUUGGGAAAGAUUCUUAUUGAGAAAUUGCUACGGUCUUGCAAUGUUAGAAAAAUUUACAUUUUAGUCAGAUGCAAAAAGGGAAAAACAGUAGAAGAAAGGAAAGAGGAAUUGCUUAAUUGUAAAAUUUUUGAAAAAGUUUUACUGAAAAAUCCGGAUAUUUGCAACAAAGUCGAAUGCAUCGAAGGAAAUAUCUGUGAAGAAAAUUUGGGAAUUUCCUCUUCGUAUAUGAAUCUGAUAAGGAAAAAUGUUUCGAUGGUGUUUCACUUGGCCGCAUCGCUUAAAUUCAACGAACCUUUUCCCGACUCAUUCGUCAACAACGUGGAAUCGACAAAAAAUCUGAUCCAAGUUUGUCGUCAGAUGGAAAAUUUACUGGUAAACAUUUCUUAA